AGUAAAGCUAUUUUGAAAUUGACCCCUCUCAUUCGGGCACGGGACAGCGACACUGCAGCUGUCUGGAACCAUGACUGAAGAUGACGGAUUCUGUUGUCGUGGAGGGAUAUGUCAAAUUCAGAGAUGGAAAAAAGUGGAAGACUAGGUGGGUCGUGCUUCGAAAGCCAUCGCCUGUAGCAGACUGUCUAGUCCUGCUGGUGUUUAAAGACAAAUCAGAAAAGACUCAGGGCCACAAGGAGAGGGCCAGCAUCACCUUGGAAGACAUCUGUGGCCUGGAGACCGGACUGUGGUAUGAGGGGGCAGGCUACACCCUGGCAAUACUCUGCCUGAGCCAGGCUGCCGUGCUGGGUUUUGACAGCAAGGACGCCCUGCUGGCCUGGGACAUCCGUGUCCGCUACAGCCUCGGAGAAGGGGCCGGGGUCUUCUUCCUAUCCACCACAGAGGGCGAGCAUAUCAGUUUCCUGUUCGACUGCAUCGUCAGAGGCAUCUCCCCCACCAGGGGCCCAUUUGGUCUGCGGCCAGUGCUUCCAGACCCCAAUGCCAGCCAGAACGACUUGGAGGAGAGGGUGAACCACGAGGCGCAGGAGCUGGAGAAACGCCUCAGCAUGCUGUCGCACCAGAGCAGCACAGCCUCGUCUACUUAUGGCCCAUCUGUGGCUGGAGACGAUCGUAGUAUAUCUGGCUCUUCUGACACCUCAGAUACCAGCCAAUCAGACUGCAGCAUCGGGAGCCGUCUGGCUAUUUGGACUGAACCAGCGAUUAGCCCCUGCUCUUCGGAGAGCGCUGGCCAGUCAGGGGCUAAAGUGGCCACGCAGAGCGAGGAAAAGCUGUCAGUCAACCAGGUGGGCGAAGCCCGUCCAAUGGUCAAACCUUCUCGGUCUCGGCAGCUACAGGAGAUUGGUCGGCAGAGCUCUUCUGACAGCGGCAUAGCCACAGGAAGCCACUCCUCUUACUCCGGAAGUUUCUCCUCCUACGCUGGAAGCUUGGACAAUGGUCCAGGGGAGGAUUUUGAGUCUCUACUCAGCCUUCCCCUUCAUCUAGCCCUGGACCUGAGCCCUUGCAGCUGCCCUCCAGCCCCAGGACAUGAGUACCAGGUGCCCACAUCACUAAGGUACCUCUAUGACACCCCCAAGAGCCUACUCCAGGAGGGCGCCAGGGGAGCCCAGGCGUCUGAACCCCCCGUGUCACUCAAGGACGAGGCGACAGAGGGCGAGGAGGCUCCUGGAAGUCAGUCCAGCUCUGCUCCUGGACAUUCCGCAGCCGAGUUCCCACAAGGCCAGUCGGAAGAGAACAAGAGCAAGGUGGCGCCAUCUGGUGACAGUCAGCACCAUGAGUCUUGCCAGAUCUGCAGUUCUCACACGGCGGGCUCCAAAACCAUCCUCAUCAUCUGCUCCACUUGUGGAGGAUUCAAGGGAACGCCUCUCUCCCACCUGGGGGGCUCUGCUGUUCCCUCCAUACCAGGAUCUUCUGAACCAAAUUCAGCAGAAGAAAGUAUGAACAAGUGCCCAUGCAGACGUAACAGCUCAGCCGAAUCCAAGACUUUAGUUUCAACAGAAGCCAUGGCAUCUAAAGCUUUACCUGCCCAACUGACCAAUCAUAGCUCAGUGAAGCUUAUUUCGAAGAAGAUAAAUGAGGACCAGGCCCCAAAUAAGAAAGGCAAAGAGAAGUUAGCAAACCUCCUAGCUGAUCUCUUAGGCUAUCCAAGUAUAGCUGGAGAGGCAGGCACACAGACAGGCAGACUGAACUUCUACGAGUCAAUGGCUGCUGCAUCUGGCCGCGUACUCAGAUGCCAGCCACCUGUUCCUCAUGGAUCUCCAUCCCAUGAUUUAAGCUGCGGCACAGACAAAGACAGUAUCAUAUAUGAAAAUUGUUUCAAGUGUAAAAGGGAGAAUUGCCACCCACCCCAAAGAGUGCCUCCAACAAUGCCUUAUUGCGGCACAAAUAGUGCUACUUUGUUGGUUGGUCAGAAGAACCACCAUGGCUUUGGACAGGCCUUACCCUUUAAGCCCUGCUUGGAGAUGAGUGUGGAGCAGGAGGGGAUGUCUAAACAAGAGGACUCGGCUCAAGUGAAACAAGUGGACCAUGUGGUCCAAAACAGAGUCCUCCAGUGUGAGGAGUUGAAUUGUCAGUCAGUGACAGAUGAAGACAAAAAAACUAGGAGUAAAGAAGAAAGGCGCAAAGUUGAUCCUGCAUAUGAAAUCAUGGAGAGCCGUGCUCUGGAGAAGAAUACAGAGACAGAAGAGAAAAGCAAGUAUGAGCUAAUGGGGAGCUGUGGACACCAGAGGUUCCUUCAUGAGACUGAGGGUGUCGUGUUCGUGUUCCCAACUGAUAUGACAGCUCCAGAUAGGUGCCGGAGUGAUGGCGUGAACUACGUUAACAUCCCCGUUAGCCCCACGUCCAAGAAGCAGCUGAACUACAUGGAGCUGGAACUGCAGGAGGCUGCUGUGGGAGGCAGGGGCCCUGCCAGCCACCUCUCCACACAGAGAAAAAGUUCCACUAAAUAUGCCCAGAUCGACAUCACUGCUACAGAGACGGCUCACAAAGUGGGUACCCAGCAUGCACUGGGCCGAGAGGAGGGUCUUCACUCUAUGGAGCAGCGGAGGAGGGGAGCACCACAGUGACAUCACACGUCUCCCCACCCCCUGAUCUUUGCAGGACCUCAUACCCAACUGGGCAUUUAUAGAUUCCGACACUUCGAACUUCCUAGUGCAGCUCCAUUCUCCACAGUGUCAAAACUCUUUGGCAACUCCAAAAGGAUGUCAACCGAUUGUUGCUCGAUAUGUACGUCUCAUUUUGUGCCAAUUACCGCAGUCACGUUUUCCGUGAAGGCAAGCUGGAAAAUAUGGCUAUCGUCUGCAGCGUAGCUCCCACAGACUGGACAGCUGCCCACAAUCAAAAAAGCAACAUGAAAACAAGUGAAGGAAGAAAGCUGUGUGCAGGAGACGUUCCAAUCAAGACUUCCCGUGUGGAGUCAGACAACUCAUUAGAUGGCAUUAUGUCACGGUCAUAGCCCUAGGCAGGGUAAGGGUGCGUGAACGUGCUAAUUUUGAGCUGAGUAUUCGCUCUUCCAAACCCCCACAGCUCUGGCCUUUCAGCCUACCCGGGCCACCCCUAAUAGAAUGUGCCACGCUCAGGAUCUCAUCUGGGAGAACAGAGAGGUGUGAUUAUCAGUUGCGUUCACCUUCAGAAGUUGCUUUUAAUUAUCAUUGCAUUCAGUGUUUCCCCUAGCUUUGGGGGGGGGGGGUACAACAUGUAGAGACAUAAAUGACAUGCUGUUGUGUAAAUAAGAUAAAUAACAUAAGGCCAUUUUUAAUUGUUUAAUAAAAGAGCAAAGCUAUAGACCUGUUUUAUAGGAAAGGUAACCUUAAAUGACUUAUUUUGUGAUCUGGCGCUAU